AUGGCGGCUCUGGUUCUCUCCCAUCGUCGGACUCCUCCACCACAGGUGACGAGAUUGAGAUGGCUGCUGAAUUUGCAGAUAGUAUUCUUUAUUAAUGCUUUGAUGGUCAUAGGAUCCCGUCACGUAUGGAAAAUAGUGACUGUGUUCUACAGUUCACCAGCUGCCAACUCAUUCUGCUUCAUCUUAUGGAAAAUAAUAUUGUUAACAAUUUUGGCACGCUAGUUUUUCACACCAUUGUUUCUUGUAGCAGAAGAUCCUUAUUUCUUUUCUUUAGAAGCAUUUACCUGUCUUGGAAGCUAUAUCAUUCUUCUAUUUAUUUUUUUUUGGGCUCUUCAGGCUCGGUCGGAUAUAAGUUUAGUUUUGUCUGGGCACACGCAUGGAGAUCAGAUAUUUCCUCUGAAUAUUGGUGCUUAUUUUAUGAAUCUAUUGUUUGUUGGUUUGUAUAAAAUUGGACAGAACACUUUUGUGUAUGUCAGCCCAGGGACAAUGUUCUGUGGAAUACCCAUGAGACUGGGAAGUAGAGCAGAAAUAACAGAGGUCAUCCUUCAUUCUCCUUUAUCAGUAUGA